CAGCCAUUACUUCGAGAUGGUGACUGCGGGAGGCUUCACGCCCUACGUCUCACGCGCCGAAACCCCGAAUCGCGGAGCUCACCUUUGCGCUCAGGUGUCACAGUAAAGUUAUUGAAAGCCGUCGCCUCCCGCGCGCGUCUCCUCUCCGGCGUGUCCGUAGUUUUGCGUAGCUGUAGAGUAGUUGCGGCUGUCGGCGCUCAGAUGACGGCGCAGGUAGACUACCUGGUGGCGCUUUUCACCGCCACAUCUGGCGCGAGCGGGGAGCUGCUGGGCUCCGACGAGAGGGAGCUGGGGCACUUGGUUUGGCAGCUGGUGGACGUCAAAAACAAAGAGUUGGGCAGGGUGAAUGAGAUCCUCAUUAAGCCUGACCUCUCAGACCCUACGGAGGAGAGGGAGGAGGAAGAUGUGACGGAGGAGAGCGUGGAAGAGGAGAACGGAUCCGGGGCAGAUUGCGUCUCUACCGCCGCGACUUUUGAGGCGGCUUUAAACCUGUUUAAUCUACAACUGACAAAUGAAGUGAACAGCAUGGGCACGGGCACGUCAGUGUGUUUGUGUACAGACGGGCAGCUCCAUAUCCGUCAAGUGAUUCACCCCCAGGCAGCGAGCAAGAACAUCCUGCUUCCAGACUGCUUUUACUCUUUCUUGGACCUACGGAAGGAGUUCAGGAACCACUUCCCCACAUCUGACCUCAAGGCCUUGAACUUACACAGCAUGGCAGAGUCUCUCAGCACACCCGUUGAUGUGCCAGCCACGUGGGAUCCCUCGGCCACCCCGGAUCCGUCCGUCCCGUUGCCUCCAGAAAUGGCAGUAACGCAGGUCAAGGCUAUGGGCAGCAUCGUCCUAGCGCUGCUGUCUGAGCCGCUGUGCCACAAUUUUUCUAACCCGGAGAGAGUUAGUGAAAAGUUCGAAACUGGCACAUGCAGCAAGAUGGAGAAGGUGUGCGACAGCACGGUGAUCCGGGCGCGGGGGCUGCCGUGGCAGUCGUCCGACCAGGACAUCGCUCGCUUCUUCAGAGGACUGAACAUCGCCAAAGGAGGGGCCGCGCUGUGUCUCAACGCUCAGGGGAGGAGGAACGGCGAGGCGCUCGUCCGCUUCGUGAGCGAAGAACACCGGGACCUGGCGCUGCAGAGGCACAAACACCACAUGGGCAACAGAUACAUAGAGGUUUACAAAGCAACAGGAGAGGACUUCCUGAAGAUAGCAGGAGGUACGUCCAACGAGGCCGCCAUGUUCCUGUCCCGCGAGGACCAGAUCAUAGUCCGCAUGCGGGGCCUCCCCUUCACCGCCACGCACGAGCAGGUGCUCGCCUUCUUCUCGCCGGCGGACGGCCUCAAGGAGCCGUGUCCGGUGAGCGGGGGCAAGGACGGCAUCCUGUUCGUCCGCUACCCGGACGGCCGGCCCACCGGCGACGCCUUCGUGCUGUUCGCCUGCGAGGAGCACGCCCAGUGCGCCCUGAGGAAGCACAAGGAGAUCCUGGGCCGGCGCUACAUCGAGCUGUUCAAGAGCACGGCGGCGGAGGUCCAGCAGGUGUUGAACCGGUACUCGUCGGCCCCUCUCAUCCCCGUGGCCCCCGCCCCCCUGGUGUCCAUGCUGCCGGCGGUGUCUCUCCUGCCCCCUCCUGGCGGCGUGAGGGACUGCCUGCGGCUGAGGGGCCUGCCCUACACGGCCAGCAUCGAGGACAUCCUCGCCUUCCUGGGCGAGUUCACGCACGACAUCCGGCCGCACGGCGUGCACAUGGUCCUCAACCAGCAGGGCCGUCCGUCGGGCGACUGCUUCAUCCAGAUGACGUCCGCGGAGCGGGCGCUGCAGGCCUCGCAGCGGCUCCACAAGCAAGUGAUGUGCAGCCAGCGCGGCGCCAACAGCCGCUACGUGGAGGUGUUCCCCUGCAGCUCCGAGGAGAUGGGCCUGGUGCUGAUGGGGGGCUCCCUCUCGCACACACAUACACACACACACAGCCGGAGCAGGAGUGGGACAGGGCUCAGCCCUCCACCAUGUAAGUCCAGACGUUUGUCCCCUCCGUCCUACUCCUUCGCCCCCGCGCCGCCUGUCCUGCCCACGGACGCCGCCGCCCUCUACCCCCCCAUCGGCCAGGUGCUGCUAGCCCCGCGGCCCCUGCCUCCGGGACACGCAUAUUACCCUGGAGCGGCUCAGCUCUACAUGAACUACACAGCCUACUACCCCAGUCCGCCGGGUUCACCCACCACCGUCGGUUUCUUCCCCUCCCCCUCCUCCCUUUCCUCCCCGGGGGGGUUGGUGCGCAUGCCAGGCUUGACCUACAGCAGCAACGGCGUCAAAGACCUCAUUAGUGCCGUGCAGGGAUAUCAGCAGUACGUGCCCGAGGACGCCCUCAUGCACGCCCACGGGGCCGUGCACGCUCACGACCCUGCCAGGACACUGCUUACGCAGCCCAAAGAAUGGAGCCCCGUGGAGUCCGUCUCUCUCCUCAGCAGCAGUCUGAUUGGUCAGUCCAGCGGAGGCGACGCUGCCCUCAUGUCCCUCCCCGCGCUCAUGACCAAGCCAGCGGGACAGUACCUGGACCUGACCCUGCUGUAGGGGUCACACAGACAAAGGUCACACACUGACGUGUAUUGUUAGCAUUUUUUUAAAAAUAGUCUUUUAGAUGUGUUAUUUAUACCUUUUUAAGAACAGAAAUUAAUGUAUUUUAUACCAAAAUCAAUGUGGCCUUAGCCAAAAAAUAGGAGUUUUGUCAUAUAUUGCACAUUGUGUAUUUUAAAAGCUUUAGUUUUUUUUUUUAACAUUUUAUGAUAUUGUAAUCACUGAUAUAUUUGCUAGCCAACUAGAAAUAAUAAUAAUAAUGAACUAGAGCUGGAUCCUAAGCCUUUCUGUGAAGAAUGAAUGCGUGUGUGGAAGAAUGAGUGUUGCGUACGCCUGUGUCGAAACAUUUUAACACUUAAUCUGUUUAUGCAAUACGUUUUGUGUUUAUAUACAUUUGAUAGUGUACACAAGGAUUGUAUUGGAAGCUAUAGUGCAUGAAGAAGAUAGUAGUGAAACUUUAAGAUGUUUACAAAAUGCCAAAUAUCAAUGCACUGCUAAACAAUAAGACAACAACAGGAGCAGUAUCUUAAAUGAAAACAUGUUACACUGUGAGUUUAUCGAAUAGUCAGACUUCGCUUACAAAUAUGUGACAUAGCCCCCUCCCUACUGUGUAAUGCCAAUGUUGUCUUGCCUUCUGUUUGGGACGCUCAUCCAAACCGAGGGCGGCUCCGGUUCUCUGUAACCUGACCACACGGUAGCAAGUCUCGUGCCACAAGCUCUUCAGGUGAUUUCUGACAGACUUCAUUGCAUAUUUUUACUCAGUCCACCCUUUCCUUGUCCCCCCUCCACUGUCUACGCCAAAAUUAAGGACAAUGAAUAGAACGAACAGGUUCCCCUGCGGAAGUUUGUUUCCCCUAUUUCCUUCUAACCUGCUCACUUGGAAAGUUGAGAAGGAAAGGAGAUGAAGAACAUGUGCGACGUGCAUAUUGUGAAUUCAACUGAGCAUUUGUGUUACUGUACACGUCUCACACUCAGAGAAAGAAACAAAAUACAUGAAUAAAUCUAUCACGUGAA